CGAGAGCGGCGUUUAACAGAGGGUUGGAGUGAGGGGGGAGUAAUAAACUUUUGUAUUUAUUCUUCUCUCUUGCCAAUGGAAUAUAUGUAUUUUACUACAUAAUAUCUACAUCAUCUACAUAUUUGCACUUGCAAGGGGGGAGUUUAUUAGAGAGUGUACUUAUUAAAAAAACCAACCUCGUUCCCAGGGCUUUUUAGGUUUUUUGUAUUUGGACGUUCAAAUAUAAAUAACCUAAAAAGCCCUGAGAAUGAGGUUAAAAAAAAAACAAGUCGGAAAGUUUAAUCGACACGAUGUGUUAAGGGGGCGCUCAUUGAAAACAUUGGAGUAGUUGAACAAUUUGAAGUUGUGGAGCUUUUUUAUUAGCGCAUGCGCACUUUAAAAAAUAUGUAAAUUUUGUCCAAGUGCGCAAGCGCUAAUAAAAAAGCUCGCGAGCAUUUUACGAUACAGUGGAAAAUACAGUCAAAAGCCCUUUCAGGGUCAAAAAAGUUUGGGCCAAUAAGUCAUACAAAGAAUUAUCAGAGAACAACAAAUCAUAAAGAAGGAAGCUAGCUAGCUAGCUCAUUUUGUUUUUGUGAAAUGAUUAUGUCUAUAGUAUGUUCAUAUUUUUUUGCAAAUUCUUGUGGUUUGAUUAAUUCAAUUAUGUUUCUAAAAGGUAAUUGCUGGAGAAAAAAACUAAUCCAUCUUCAUCUGAGUAACCAGCAAAUAAACAGAUAAGCGGGAAUGAAUAGAUAACAUUACACAAAAAAAGAAUUGAAGAUCAACAUGUACAUGUCAAUAAACUUCACCGCAAGAUAGUACAAAACAACAUGGCUUUUAUAAUACUGACACAUCCUGAAGAUAUGACGUGAUUUAUGCUUGUAGAGUUUAUCAUACAGUAUGUAAAUAAGAGAUACAGACAUUGAUUAGGGCGCACCAACAAUUAAAUGGGCGGGUAUCACUGCAGACAAUGAUUUCAAAGCUAUUUUGGGUGUUUUUUGUAUUUCUUUAUAGCUUAUAUAUUAAGGGUAUAUUUUCGUAUCAUAUUCGUGAAAAAGCUAACUAAAGAAAUUUAUUUUGUGGUUGUUAGAAGAUAUCGAGAAAAAACAUUGAAGUAAUAAUGGCGCUCCAUUCACAACACAGCUCACUGGGUGUGCACCAAUUUACUAUUAUCAAUAUGACUGGAAGCGAUGGAAACUAUACUGGCAUUCCCAUGGAAAUCCUAUUUUCUCCGGUUGACGUGGUGACAAUGAUUAUAUUAACCGGUAUAUUUUCAAUCGGAUUGCUGGGCAACCUUUUAGUAGUGUACAUAUUCGGCGUUAGAUCACGCAACAACGUUAAGAGAUUCGAAAGAUUCCUUCUUAUGCUUGGAUUCAUAGACUUAGCGUCAUCCGUCAUAAUCCCGCUAUCCUUUAUGUAUCUUACGGCAACGAAAUUCCAGCAAUGGCAUUUUGGGGAAAUCGGAUGUAAGUUGAUACCUUCUUUACUUCAAAUCAGCAUCACGCUUUCUCAAGGUGUACUUAUCUUAAUUAGUUAUGAACGCUACCACACGCUGGUGAAACCUUUUAACGACCCGCUAUCAAGAGGAAAAAUCGGAUUAUGGAUAUUAAUUGUAGUUGCGUUAUCAAUAUUUUUUGUGCUGCCUUACAUGAGUACAUUCAGCGUACACGAAAACCAACAAUACAACACCAAGACAUGCGCACCAGACAGCGACAAAACAGGCAUGUCGCUUGGGUCAGCUUUGUUACAAGUCACGCGUGACAUAAUUGCGCUGGGUGUUAUGGGAUUUCUUGGUUUCAGAAUGAACCGCACCCUGGUAAAACAACACGACAACUUAACAUGGAGACGAGAAAAAAUGUCGAGGAAAGGAAGACGCCUUUUGAAGCUGGUCAUUAUUAUUUUUUCGAUUUUAACCCUACCGCUCGAUAUUUACCAAGUUAUUUUCUAUGCAGUGGUUCACUCAAACGUCCAUAUAAGUAAGAAAGGAUAUGAAAUUAUUGUUAUGGUAAACACGUUUCUAAAUUUAGUGCAAACGUCCAACUCGGUUGUUAAUGUUUUUAUCUAUUCGCGCAUGCACAGUAUGUUUACUGUACAGUGUUGUAUUCAACAGAGAGAACGACACAGUCGCCGAAGGCACAGUAGUCGAUGGGGAGAAAGUUUUUGUACCGAGACUGAAGUUUUGAACGGAGAAACUAAAAGAAUGUCAAAAAUGCACAAAGUGUAAGCGUUCUCACGCAAAACAAAAUAAACAAUACGAAAAACUUUGAGUAAUAGCUUAAAUUUAUUACGCUUGUUCCUGGAAUCUUGUAAAUAAUUUUUUUCUGUAAAUACAACU